AUUACAUCCCUUAGGUACCGGGCCGAUGUCAAGAGUACCUGGUAAGUGGCACAGCCCGACAAUGUAAAUUCUGUAUGUUCAACAAGAUACCCUAGGCAUAUGACCAGCUCUUCAAGCGUAACCUCCACCGCCAUCGCCAUCGCCAUCGCCAGACGCACAUGAACUUCUCCGACCUCGCCGUGGAGAUCCGGCUCCGGAUCUAUUCAGAACUCCUUGUCAACCCAGGGCCGAUUGACUUCGUCGCCGACUUUGGCCCUUCGUCACCGCCCCUCUUCCGGCGCCAAAGGGAUGGGCUCUAUCCCGCUAUUCUCCGUGUAAACAAAGAAAUCCACCGCGAGGCGAGUCCGGUCCUCUAUGCUUGGAACCACUUUCGAUUCCCCGAGGUAUUCUCACUGUCGGCGCCGGUGAGCGCUUACAUCACCCCAUUCCUGAACCGGAUCGGAUCCCACGCAAGUCUGAUACGCCAUAUCCGCAUCCCUUUCCCUACCUUUGACUACCCGUUGCCUGACCGGGCGGUCCUCCAUGAAGUGCAUGUCAAGAAUCUCGAAACGAUCCGCCGUGCCUGUGCAGGCCUGCAGACCAUCGAGCUGCUGGUUCCAGCCGAACACUGCAAUUACGCUCUGAGAGACGAUGCGAUCGCGCCCGAGGCAUUAAAUAUCCUCGACAUGCGCCUUCAGAGCAUGCCUUCCCUGAAAGAGAUCACCGUCAAUUUCGAGGUGUACGACGGCGGAGACUCCAGCGAUGAUUUGACGGAACUAUUGCACGGUCAUAGCUGGGCUGUCAAGGUCACAAAGCUUCCGAAGAAGGUUUGGACGUCGUACGAUGACCGGGUUGAAUUUGACAACGAGGAGGAUUGCGAGAGGUACGAUAACGAACAAUUUGGACGGCAAAUGGAGCAGGGAGAGAAGGACUCCUGGUCCGAGGAAUAUUAUCGCAGGAGAAGCGACCCGUACUGGAAGAAUGAUUCAGACUAUGAUUGA